CAGUGGAUGCUCAGUUAUGGCGACGAGACCAAAGCACUUGAAACUUUUCAUUGUAACUUAUUUGCAUGUGUCAUUCUUUUCAACGAACACGUUUAUCGACGCUACAGAAGUGACAUGGGAUGGAAACGGAUACAUUCUUUAUUGUCCAUGCAUGGGUCGCUUUGGAAAUCAAGCAGAUCAUUUUCUCGGAUCACUGGCUUUUGCCAAAAUGCUUAACCGAACUCUCGUGGUUCCGCCGUGGAUUGUUUACCGGCAUCACGCGCCUCCUUUUACAAACGUGCAUGCGCCUUAUAGUGAGUAUUUCCAGUUAGAGCCCCUGAAGCAGUACCACCGUGUGGUCAGUUUGGAGGACUUCAUGGAGCAGUUGGCCCCCAAACACUGGCCCCAGGGCCAGAGAGUUGCCUACUGCUUUGAGUCUGCUGCUCUCAGGAGCCCAGACAAGAAGUCCUGUCCGAUGAAGGAUGGGAAUCCAUUUGGACCCUUCUGGGACCAUAUUGGAGUGGACUUUGAUCGCUCCAUACUAUUCGGAGGUCUUUCAUUUAGCUCUUACUACCAACCGCAUUGGAUGAAGAGGUUCCCUACGUCAGAGCAUCCAGUUCUGGCUCUUCCAGGAGCCCCGGCUCAGUUCCCUGUAUUGGAGGAACAUGUGGGUCUGCAGCAGUAUGUGGUAUGGUCUGAUAAGUUGGCACAAGAAGGAGAGAAUCAAAUCACUACCCUGCUAAACAGACCCUACGUGGGCAUCCAUCUGAGGAUUGGAUCUGAUUGGCAAAAUGCGUGCAAGCUGUUGCAGUCAGGGGAUGCUGGUCCUCACUUCAUGGCAUCUCCUCAGUGUGUUGGGUACGACCGUCAGAACGCCCUGCCACUUACUAUGACAAUGUGUCUACCAGAUCUGUCUGAGAUCCGACGUGCAGUCAAACUCUGGGUGAAGAAGACCAAUGCUCAGUCAAUAUACAUAGCCACCGACUCCGAAACCCACAGCGCAGAGAUCCAGAAACUCUUCAAGGGCAAGGUAAAGGUGGUUAGUUUGCGGCCCGACACUGCUCAGGUUGACCUGUACAUCCUUGGCCAGGCUGAUCACUUCAUCGGCAACUGUGUUUCUUCCUUCUCAGCCUUUGUUAAAAGGGAGAGAGAUAUUCAUGGGAGACCCUCUUCAUUCUUUGGCAUGGACUAUCCAGGAAAAAGGAAAAGAAAAGAGGAACUUUAACAAAGUUCAAAUGUCUUCGGGGAAGACCAGCUGAAUAAGUUUUGAAUGUUUCAGAUGUCAGAUUAUGAAUGUGGUGAACUGGAUUUAGCUUACAACUUUUAAAGUAUUUUUGAUACCAAACAGCAUUUAAAUAAAGGGAAAACAAAGAAAGUUAAUUCCUUGUUAACUAGAUGCUACAUAUGACUAUUUAUCAAUCCCACAACCCCACAUUCUCUCUUUCUCCCUCCCUAUCAGUGGCAGAGGGUGCUCAAGUGUUACCUUGGCUUUGACUAGCUUUAUUGUGGGCCACCAAACCAAGGUCCACAACAUGUUUGUUCCAGAGAGGUUUAGGAUGGUUUAUGUUAUGUGCCUUCCAAAUGGGACGUUUGUACAAACUCGUUUGGAUUUUAUUCGAGAAUGGAAACUGACCCCAUGAGGGUUGAGUAACUGAUCCCGUCAAAGCUAAUUAUAGCAGGGAGGAGUCAGAAUUAGUCAUGCAUGUAAGUGGUUAGAAUUUGCAUGUUUAAGGCCUUUCAAGACCACCAGACUAUGUAGCGGUCCUAUUAUUUCUGAAUAUGUGUGACUUUAUGAAAACAAUUUUGAAGGGAUAUCAUGCAGACUUUGUUAUCUUGAUACCAAAAGUCUGUGUGCAAUCCAGAUCGAAAAAUGGUUUUAUAAGUGUUUUAAGGUAUUUGUAGAUAAUCAUUUUGUACAACUUGAAAUGGCACAUUCUGCAGAUUAGUAUUCUUUCUCAUGAAAAUAAAACAAGCAGUAUUCUGACUGCGAACAUUACAUUUGUCCUGUGGU